CUACCAUGCACCUUCAAAUCGUUCCAAUCAUCAUUACACUCUAUAUAUACCUUCACAACUUUGCAUGCAAUAUUGCACUCACUCACCAAAUACUUCUCUUGUGAUCAUAUAUUAAUUGUAUUGAAAUGACAAAUUAUAAGUUCCUUAUUUGGUUUCUUUUCCUUGUAGCCACCGCCUUUGUGGGGGUGACUUAUGCUGGUAACUUUUACCAAGACUUUGAAACAACAUGGGGUGAUAACCGUGCCAAAAUCCUUGAAAAUGGGAACCUUCUCACCCUCUCCCUGGACAAAGCCUCAGGUUCUGGCUUUCGUUCCAAGAAUGAAUACUUGUUUGGAAAAUUUGACUUGAAGCUCAAACUUGUGCCUGGUAACUCAGCUGGCACCGUCACAACCUAUUAUCUAUCUUCUCUGGGGUCUACUCAUGAUGAAAUAGAUUUUGAAUUUCUGGGUAACUUGAGUGGUGAUCCAUACAUUCUUCACACGAAUGUAUUCGCACAAGGGAAAGGAAACAAAGAGCAACAGUUCUACCUGUGGUUCGACCCCACCAAGGACUUCCACACAUAUUCCAUUCUAUGGAAUCCUCAAAGCAUCAUAUUCUCUGUGGAUGGGACACCAAUAAGGGAGUUCAAGAAUUUGGCCUCAAAGGGUGUUUCUUUUCCAAAGAGCCAAGCCAUGAGGAUGUACUCUAGCCUAUGGAACGCUGAUGAUUGGGCCACACGGGGUGGGCUUGUGAAGACGGAUUGGACCCAAGCUCCAUUCACGGCCUCAUACAGAAACUUCAAUGCUCAAGCUUGUGUUUGGAGUUCUUCUUCAGGGUCCUCUUGUUCUUCUUCCAAGAAAUCUCCAUCAUCAUCAUCAUCAAGUUCUUCAAGCCAAUCAUGGCUGAGAGAGUCGCUGGAUGCAAACGGGCAAGCCAAGAUUCGCUGGGCGCAAAAAAACUACAUGAUUUACAACUACUGCACCGAUACUAAACGUUUCCCACAAGGAUCUCCUCCUGAGUGCUCUUUUGCAUGAUGAAUGAAAACCAUUGUGUAUAUGUUGAUUUCCUUUCUUCUUUUGCUUGUACAAUUAUACGAAGUGAUAAGUAAUCUAGGGUUGUUGGUACUUAUAUGCUUUUGUUGUGGGGAAAAAGCAUGCGAAAUGAGAAGCAUAGCAUUGUAUGUAUGCUGAAAUAUAUUGUAAAUUGUUGGAGUGUUGAAAAUGUAUGUUUACGAGUUGAGUUUACGUAAACUCGUGAGUUCGACAA